AUGGCCCCCAGUUUGGCUCAUGCGUUCAAUAGAAGGUGGUGGAUGGCAAUCACAGCCAUCAUAGAGAACCUCCUGUUCUCUGCUGUUCUGCUGGGCUGGGGCUCUCUGCUCAUCAUGCUGAAGGAUGAAGGCUUUUACUCUCACCUCUGUGUCGGUAAGGUCAGCUUCCAUUCAAGCAGUUCUGUUAUAACAUAACCUCCAACAGUGGGGCAUGUUCGACAUAUUUCUCUCUCAAGCCAUUUCAUACCAGAGCAGUUGUGCUUUUACAAGGACUUUUUGAACACACUUUUGGUGAUGUAAGAACAGGGAAAAGAGAACAUGCUUGAAUGUUUGGGGUUGGUGAUGUGUUCAGUCUGUUUUACACUAAUGAGACUCAUAAACAAAAACCUCACUACUGUGCACAGAUGACCUUUCUUUGACUUUUCUGUUACCAAUAUUUUUGUCUGAAAGCAAAACUUUCAAAACCCCAAACUUUUGAAUGACCUUUAAAAGAGUAUAGGCUAAGAUACUCAUCAACCAGUCAAACUAGGAGAGAGUAAAUCCUUAGAAUUAAGACUCUGUAUCAGAGCAGACUUGAAUUUUUCCUCUUGAUGUCAGCAUAUUUCGACAUCAGGAGCCAGUCAAAAACAGCAGGACGUGCCCUCUUUGCUUUAUCAGCAGUACAGUUUUGAGGAACAAAAAACCUGUUUGAUAAAAAUCUGGGAUUUGAAAAAAUCAGUUUGUAUUCACAUAUCCAUAUCGCCAAAUUAUGGGUAAGGUUAUCUUCACAUGUGUUACAAAAGAGAAGAUCCAGACGCUUCAAACCUGACACAACCCCACUUAAAAAAGUGAACUACCCCUUUACCAUCUCAACGUGUCUCUACAGAAAAUGAGACCUUGAAUGCCAACAUUUCCUCCAUGGAGAGGCACUGGCCAAGCUGUGUAGAACAGGAGGAAAUGUUAAAUCUUGGCUUCACCAUCGGCUCCUUCCUCCUGAGUGCUGCCACCUUACCGCUCGGGAUUUUGAUGGACAAAUAUGGACCACGUCCGCUGAGGCUCGUCGGCAGGUGUGAUUGACCGUCCCAGUGUGACUAUUUUUACCUGAUUGUGCUCACCCACUCAUUAUGAGUAGAUUUGAAACCACGUCUGACAUCCUGUGUCUGUUCAUACUUCAGUGCCUGCUUUGCAGCCUCUUGUGCAAUGAUUGCUGCUGCUGCUUACAACCCUGAAGGUAAGAGGUCACAUCAGUUUUUAAGCCUUAGUCCUGAAACUGCUAAAGAAAACAUGAUCCAACAGACUGAAAAAAGGGGGAGAGAACUGAGACAUGCUUCAAGUUCAGAAAUGAAAACAAAUGGUCCUCUCAAGUUUCAUUGUAAUUCAUGUGGCUCCUUCUUUCUAUGUACCCCAUCAGUGUUGUCUGCCCUCAUCUUCCUUGCUGUCUCCUUCAACGGCUUUGGAGGAAUCUGCCUGACCUUCACCUCACUUACAGUAGGCUCCCACCCACCCACCCACCCAAACACACUUAAGAGGAACACCAAAAUGUAUUUACAAUCCAAGUGUCAGACAGGGUUUCACGGCCAAAUCAUAGUAGGAGGUGGCUGAAAAUAUCCUCUCCAUAAAAGUAACCACAUCAGUCCUAUUUUUGGCUUCUGCAGCUGAUGAAGCAGCCAUAAAGAGCCUCCUACUCCUUUCUGGAAUAUAUCCAUGUCCAAUAUUUAAUCCCAGCACCUGGCUCCUGGUCUACCGGGUCUCUCUCAGAAAAGUUAGUCACAGGACAAGGAUUUCUACCAUUUAAAUCAAACAGACACUGGAUGCCGAGCUUCUGUUUACAGCAUUUCUCUGUCCUGGUCUUCCCUCGACAACAUCAUAAAAACAAGGAUGUUGUGAUUGGUCAUCAUAACUGACAUUAUCAUAGGAAUCAGAAAAUGAAGUCAAACAUACCAGACUUUCUUUUGGGAGGUCAGGAAGCAUCCCAGAUGUGGUCUCGAUUGUAUUCAAGUCUGACAUAUGACACCAGGUAUAUUGCCUAAGACAACUGAAACUGGACUUUAAAAUUCAUGUAAACACCUUCGCUCGACUGAAAUUGCACUGAAUCAAACAGUCAGACUAGCAUACUGAGAUAAUGGGGUUGGGGAUUGAUUCUCUCUUUCUAUUUUAUGCCCCCAUCAACUCAAUCUGGCACAAGCAUUUUUGCACAGUUUGCAGCCACAAAAAUGCACAGAUAGGGACCUGAGUAAGCAAAACCGCACCAGAAGAAAAAGGAAUGUGAAAAAGGCUACGCUGUGAGACCAGUGGUUGACCCAAUGGUAAUAAGAGGGUGCCACCUACCACCACAGAGCCAGACAUACAUCUGCUUUUAAAACCACCCUCACGUGGUCCUUGUAAACUGGCACAAGGACAGUAGUCCAGCUGAAUGGCUUCUACCUGAGCAAUUACCAACGGUGGACUUAUCUUUUUUUCUAUGCAAACCUCUUGUUCGUCUGCUGGAUCACAUCAUAAUUAUGCCUAUUGUGUGUAGUCUGACCUCAGCAGCAUCAAUCACAACUCCAGAAGAAUGACCUACCAUGGAUAAUAAACUUAGUGUCCUAUAAUGUUCACUUGUCUCUGCAACAUUCAGGAUCACAUAGAAGACUGGAGUUCUCUCAGAGCCUGUCUAGACCCACAGUCUAAAAAAACAAUGGAAAUAUGUGAUUAUGUAUUUAUUGAGGUCAAAUGAUCUUAUUUCUUCUGAUGAUGCCUUACAAAGACUGCUUAGCCAAUCAGAGGCUGUAUCUGUGUAAAGGCCCAGUUCAUAGGCUGGAUUAAUGAGGACAUGGUCUCAGGGAUGCACCCCACUGGUUUUGUAGAGAAGUGCUUGAAGCCCAUUGAAACGGUUUCCUUUAGUGGAAAUGUUGCUUUAACCUGUCAACCUGUCAAAGUGGCAGAAGUCGAGAGGUUGAGUCAGGCCUUCAGACUGCAGGUUUAAGUCCCUCUCUGUUUAGGCACCUAGGAGAAGGUAAGAGGAGAAUAUCCAAGUAUAUCAGUUCAUGUACGUGAACCAGUUUGGCUUUUAUACCUCCUGUAGUCUCAGUCUAGAAUGUUGUGAUCUCAUGCUUUGCAGACACAGAGGUUCAGCAUACCAUCAGCUAAGCUAACUGUCAGUCUAGGAGUCAUGGAGUGCAGCCAGCAGUAAAGACUGAUGGGAAACAUGGGGACAGGUGUCACAGGAAAUUGCAAACACUGCUGGAUCACCAGGAUGCCACGUAGUACCACUUUUCCAUUUUCGCCGUGUAUUCAAGUCCUGACAUCACAGAGGGGGAGUGGCUGAAGGUAGAAAGAAUGGAGGGAAUUUGAUGGGCUGUGGAUUUAUAUGCAUUUCAGUCUGAUCUCCAAACUGAAAAUCUCCCUCUCUGAGUUGUGUACCUGUGUACACGUGUGACUGUGCGUGACUGUGUGUGACUGUGUGUGUGUUUGGUUGGGUGAGGGUUGGGGUGUGUAUUUUGAAGAACACGUGCUGUUCAACUCGUUCUAAAUUCUGCUGCAGCCUCAACCAAUGAAAAACCUGGGUGGUGAGCACACCCUCAGAAUCCUGUUCCCCUCCCCUCCCCUCUCUCCCUCCAACUUCCUCACCCAGACCUUGUCCUGGACUUGACAUGGUCACUUCGGCCUUGCUGCUGUCAUUCUUGCCCUGCUGUGUGUGCAUAUGUGUGUGUGUGCCUGUGUGGGCGUGCAUGUGUUGCAAGUGUGAGCGUUAUCUUGUUGAUAAGCGCUUACAUAAAAAGCUGAUGUAAACGCCUAGAUUCCCAGCUAACCUUUGAUAAGAUAGUUUGCACAAAAUUAAUAAUAAAUAACUGACUCACCAGAGACACUAUUUGAAACUUUCCAAAAACAGAAAAGGUUGAGCUUCAAGGUAUUUUACGUUCAUGGAGUGAAACAUGAUUCCAACAUCCUUCUUUAUUCAUUUAUUGUGUCCAUUCAAAUCAGUUUGAGCAGACGGCUGUGUAGGAAAGUUUUUCCAAACACUGUUACUGCCUGUAUCUGCACUGAUCCUUUUUUCCAAUAGGACUGCAAAAACAGGCAGUUACCAGGUGAAAUUGCAGUGCUUUUUCAGCAAGCACACAUUUGACUUGUGUAUCUUCAUGAGAUGUCGAAUAGGCUAUGCAAAUAUCAGUUUUCCAGUGUGUGAAUUUGUAUUGUGAGUCAGUGUCAUGGCUGUGUAAAAGCUUCAGCUGUGGUAUUCCCACAAAACAACUUGUCAGUCUGUCUGUCUGUCUGUUUUCUUGUUUUUUGUUUGUUUGUUUGUUUGUUUGUUUGUCGGUUAUUUGUCUGUUUGCCUAUUGUUUUUCUGUUGUUUGUUUGUAUGUCUGUUUGUUUCUUUGUUUGGUUGUUUGUCUAUUUAUUUAUUUGUUUGUCUCUGUUCUACAGUUUGUCUGUUCAUCUGUUUGUUUGCUUGUCUGUUUGUCUGUAUGCCUGUUUGUCUGGGUUUUUUGUUUUUGUUUUUGUUUUUUUGUCUGUUUGUCAGGUUUUUGUUCUUAUGUUUGUCUGUUUGUUUCUUUGUUUUUCUCAACAUUAGAUCAGCUAUGGAUCACUUGUCAUGCUGGGCAUGUUUGUCGCUCUGUGUUUUGCAUGCUGGAAAGUCAUGAGACCAAACAUACUGCAUUUGGAACCCUAAGCACCAACUGUCCGAGCAGCUGAUGAGAAUGACCAAACAGACUUCAAACAUUUAGAGGAGAGGUUGCAAUGACAAACUGUUAUGACCCAGGCCAGAGGUGGCCAGGACACAACAUGAAAGAGGACCCAUUUGAUCUACCUCUCAAACAACCACACUAAAGAUUUGAUAGUUUUAGCAGUCAUAAAAAACUUCAACUGGAUAAAUCAAAGAUAACUAACAAUAAGGAGCUAAAUUAACAAUAAGUAGCUAAACUUUCCAAACUACAGUGACCUGCAUAGAUAUCAUCAUUACAAGAUGCCUCACAACCCUGCUGCCAUCUCGUGUUGGAAGUUUUGGAAGCCUGACAACAGAAUUUGUUUACAUUUAAAACUACACUUGCCAGCAGUCACCAGUACUGCCCCAAGAUCGUAGCAGUUCUUGGCGUAUGCACUGCACUGUCUUACAUGAGUCAUGAGGCAAUUUGCUAUAUGACAUCUGUGGUGACAUGACUGUUUGGGACAUGGAUGUCAAGUGUUCCCCCCAUGCCACGGUGACGUCAUUUUUCCUCCUUAAAUCAAAAUCGAGCCCUGGAGCAGCUAAUGAGGAGCAGGGGAUAGCACACCUAGUCUAACUGAAAGAUAAGCAGCAAUCUCACCACACACACACACACACACACACACACACACACACACACACACACAAGACAAAAUCAAACUGAAGAAAACACAAUACAGUAAUGGAACAUUACAACUGCAGUCAUUACACAGACAUAUUAACAUGAAUAUACCUUUAAAAUAAAGGGAAUGAUGUUUUGAUUGGUUGAUAUUAAAUGAACAUGCAACCUUAAAGGGAUAUUCUGGCAUAAAAUCAAGUUAGGGUCAAACACACCAUAACACUGAGUUAGACACCCCAUCGAGAGAUAAAUGUUGCCGACUGCUUGCUUCUCUAGCUAUACCAACUUUAGUUACAACCACAGAUAGUAAAACAGAGAGCCACCCGCUCAACCAAAAAGCCACUCUAUAGCCACAAAUAAUGCUCAGAACAGCCUAUUGUGUGAGUUGUGUUUAGUCUCUUUGCUAAAGAAAUCAGGCAAAGCUAAAAAGAUGUUUGCUGUGACUGGGACCCUAUAUUAACUGUUGAUGAAGUUAGGUGCUGUUCUGAGCAUUAUUUGUGGCUUCACUCUAAAAACCCCUGGGUUAAAAACAACCAAACAUCAGCGUUAAAAAGGGACCAACUACGUAUUGGGUUAUUUUGACCCAGAAUGUUGGAUUAUUCAAAUUAACACAAAUUUUGGGUUGAGUGAAUAACUUUAAAGGUCAAGUUAACCCAGCCACCAAACAUCGGAUGUCGAAGAGAUCUGCAGAUCAAGUCAGUAUUGGGUCGGUCCGUCAAAGACCACAUCUAGUGCGACGUGCAAAAUUUCAACGUCCAAAUUGGACCUUUUUUAGACGUCAAUCUGAUGCUUAGAACACUGUUAAAUGUUAAAUAGAUGUAAUUUCAAUGUCGCAUUGCACAGUGGGCAAUGUUUGAGUUAAUUUGACUUGUGAUCUUGGGUUAAAUUGAUAUAUGCAUUUGGGGAGCUUUUUUUGGGAGCUUUCCUUUUACAACCUGUAUCUUAUUUUCCUAUGUACUUUUAUCUAACUGAUAAAUGCCAUAGCAUUAAGGGUCUUGCCCAUAGACUGUAUAUACUAUGGACAACUUGGUUCCACCGAAAAAUAACCCAUAAUUUUUAACCAAUUAAAAAAAAAAAACUUAAAUUGGGUCACAAUAGAAUCCAUAUAACCCAAGAAAUGAGUAUGGAUCUGAAAAAUAACCCAGAAAUGUAACUCAACACGUAUAACCCAGGAAUUGGGUUGAAGAAAUAACCCAAUAGUUUUUAGAGUGUAUAGAGUAACUUUUUGGUUGAGCAUGUGGCAUUUUGUAUUACUAUCUGUGGUUGUAACUAAAGUUGGUAUGAUGAAAGAAGCAAGCGGUCUGCAACAUUCAUCUCUCUACAGGGUGUCUAACUCAGUGUUACGGUGUGUUUGACCCUAACUGUGUGUUUGGGAACUGAAUGUAAAUUGAGGUCAAAGAAAUUAUUGCAUUUAACUCUGCCGGCAUGAUUCUGCUUAGCAUUGGCAGCGAAAUAUCGCAUAUGUCUCCAAUCUCAUGCUGAAAUGUUCUGGUGGCCAAAAAUCCCAUGGUGGACAGGAGCUGGAUGGUCACUGGGAUGAUGGCUUUGGUGUGUUUUGUCUCUCGCUCCAACACGGGUUGUAAAUCAUGGCAUAAAUCCAUUAAAAUAUUUUGGGGAAGCGGUACCUGCUGAGAAUCCAUUCUGUGUUCUCACUGAACAAAUCAGCACGCUCUAUAAAAACACGCUCCCUGCGAAGCAUACGGUUGUCCAAGUCCUCCAGUAGCGCUAAAUAAGACGUGAUUCUUGUAUCAGUACCUGUAAGACUUCUUUGAGGUUGUCCUGUCACAGCAGAUUUUUAUAGCUUGUCACACCAAUCAUUCAAAAUGUCUGCUCGAUAACUACUCAGUUGAAUUUCAUACAGAGGCAAUGGGGGAACAUGUGUGAAGUUUGAGAUUGCUGAACACUGUGACUCCUUUAAUGUGUUCUAUUUGUAGUUUCACUGUUCUACCACUAGAUUUUGUGUGUAAGCAUGGUCAGAGUUGUGCUUAAAUUUACGCACGUUCCACACAAGGUUGAUAAAUUCCAUACUACACGCGCAGGAAUGUUCGUACGCACUCACUACGCACACAUCUUAGCGUACGCACAGUUGAUAAAUGAGGCUCCUGAAAAGGUUACCUCUUGCUUUGAACAAAGACUAUGUUAGUACAAGAGUCCUUAAUUUUUUGUUUUUCUGCAGGUCAUUAAUGCUGCUCAGAGGACUGACUUUCAAUGCUCUUCUGAAUAACCUGUGCAUUUUCCACAGGAGAAAAUCAGACUUCAUUUCACAGACUUUCUCAAAAUUCAACACUCAGAUUUCUUUCACUAGUUGGUUGCCUCCAUUUAUUCAUCUUCAGUUAUUUCAAAGAACAGACAACACACCGUUUUCAGACUAUGUAAGACAUAUGCUGUCAUCAAGUUUUCUGUGUUUUCGACAUGGCUGCAGCCCCUCUAAUAUUUUCUGUGUGAGCAGUGAGUAUAAACUCAGCGUUAUAAAAGCCUGCAGUGUGAGCAGACACGUGCAGCAUGCUCUGUGACUGGCUUCACUCCAGCUGUGUCUGAAAUCAGACAGGAAGUUUGCAGACGCACACAUUAAUCCACAAGUUACCAUCUGAAUCUCAGUUUGUGUUUUGGUGUGUGUAUGUGUGUUUAGGUGUAUGUGUGCUUGUGAAGGACAGAUAGAGUGGGAACUGGCAGUUAAAGAACAUACUUUGAGAGCUGAGGUUGUAAAUAAAGACUGCACAUGUUGCUGCAGGGCCAUGCUGACAUAGCGUGUGUGUUUGUGUGUGUCAGCUCGAAUUUCAUGUUAUCUCGUUUGAAAGGGUUGUAUUUAUUAAGUACUGCAGUGCCCCCUGCUGUUUGAGUUUCAAAGUGCAUGUUAAUCACUCAUCAAGUCCAAGUUUACUUCAUUCCUUCACUGCAGUCACAUAACACACUUCAGAAAUCAGCUGGUUCUUUUUUGCAAAUUCAAAUUAUUCUAAUGUUUGUGUGGAUUUACUCUCUCUCUCUCUCUCUCUCUCUCUCUCUCUCUCUCUCUCUCUCUCUCUCUCUCUUUCAUCUAGUUGCCAAACCUGUUUGGGAACAUCCGAUCAACUAUCCUCUCCCUGAUGAUUGGUUCCUAUGCUUCUUCCGCUGUCACCUUCCCUGGAGUCAAGGUACAUAUUCACAGACUUAAGAACAAAUAAACAUCAAUGGCCAUCAAAUAUAAAAGCACAUGCACUUUAUUUGAUUAUUACAUUAUUCUCUGUCAAAUGUCAUGGAAACACUGGAUUGAUCUGAGACAACUGCUGAUAAACUAAAGGAAGAGUUUGCUUGGAAACAGAAAAACUCUGAGAAAGGAAAAAGACAGAAAUGAAAAAAAAAAAAAGGAUUGCUCUGUCAUCUAUGGAGUUUGAAAAGCUCCUGCAGAGCUCCAGCACAUUCACAGGAAGACUUGCAGGCUAUUGUUAGUUUGUUAGUUGGUUGGUUAACUGUCCUCGAGGGAAUUCAUUUUCGCUGGAACCUGUUACAGUGGCAAGCAAGAAUCACUUCAGGAAACCAUCCCAUGACACAGAACUUAAAGCAUAAAAACAGAGUUUCUCUGGCAGUUUGUGUUUUAGGUAACCAUGGCUAAGGGAAUUAAGCUUUUUCUGGAGUAGUCCUGAGACAAACUGUGCUUGCAUUUUAACAUCUGUUUGUAGCAUCAGCUGUCAGAAAUAAAUACAAUGUAGAGGCAAUAUGCACAUGAACAGUACAGGCAAUUUACCGACUGUUACAUGGCUGCAACAUCUGGUCACUUACCUUCCUUUGUCUGGGGUAAGAUUCUGGGUCAUUUUUGAGUGUAUGAGUAUGGGAGGGCUGGCCAUUUUUGUUAUGGGGCAUUUUUCUGCAUCUUCAUCAGUCUGCACCAGACUACGCCCCCCAUAUCGAUAACCUAUUUUAUUAUAGCAUAGCUUUUUGUGCUGUUUUAGCAACCGACUCAAGACCUUGCUUGAAAAACACCUGUGCCAUGUUGUCAACAAAACACAUGCUGCAUGGAACCUUAAAAUUAUCGAUCCCUACUUUCUCUUGUACUAGAAAGGAGCGACAAAACUAUACCCCAAACUAAGAGGAUGGAGUCACAACCUUUUGGCACUUGGGAUAUUAUGGCCAAGCCCUGUUUAACAGAGUAUCAAAUACUAUGCAAUUGUUUUCUGAACGACUGAAAAAUACAGCAGAGGGAGGUUCCCUGCUUGAUACCUGCAGGGAAAACUCAUGACAGGGAUGUUUUUGCUUCAACAGAAAACAUUUGCAGUCAACACUUAGGACAUCUGAAUAAACAUCCACAUGUUCCCAAACAGAAAAUAAGACAGAAAAGGGAAGGAUAAAAUGAAUUCUGUCACCAAAGUUGGAGAAACAGGAAUGAGUUCAUUUUGAACACUAAAGGUCAGGUUUUAUCUGUCAGCACAUGCUCAUCUCCUUCUCCUGUUACUCUAUUUUUGUACGUCUGUGUACAAACUUGUCUCUUGUUUAACCCUUGUCUCUCUGCUGUGCAGGUGAUUUAUGACCUUGGCGUGUCAUUCCGAGUCAUCAUGUGGACAUGGUCUGGUAUGGCGUGCAUGGUCUUCCUCAACUGCUUCCUAAACUGGCCUGCUGAGUCCUUCCCUUCUCCUGAGGACAUUAGAUCUAUGUCAGUACAACCACGACACAGCCUGUCCAAGAAUAUACUCUUUUAUUGAAUAAUACUACUACUACUACUACUACUACUACUAAUAAUAAUAAUAAUAAUAAUAAUAAUUAUUAUUAUUAUUAUUAUUAUUAUUAUUAUUAUUAUUAUCAUUAUUAUUUUCAUUAUUUUCAUUAUUAUUAUUUUCAUUAUUAUUUAUCCUUUAUUGAAUUUCCCUUCAGGAUUGAAGGGAAUUAAUUUUAUUUUAUUCAUACCACAAAGUUUUUCAACUUUUACCCCUAGAGAAAGUCAACUGAAGCAGUGCAGUUUUUUUUCCCUCCCAUUAAGUGUUACUGUGCCAGAUGACAGGGAACAAUAAAAAUCAAUGACUGAGAUGCAAAAACUAUAAGAAAAGGUAAAAACCAGGACAGAAAUAGACGGCGUAAAUGUUUAUCAAUGGUCAAGGAUGCUGUCAGCAAUCAUUAAAAUGUCGCACCUCCAUCACAACAUGAGCUAAAGGCCCUUCAUGUGGUCAUGUAUGCCAGUAAUAACAUCAAUAAUUGUAUUUUUUUUUUUUGUGCACCACAGUAAGACAUUAAAAAUGUUUUUCUGAUUAAAUAAACCUUAUUAUCUUUUCCAUGCAGUGAAAUGGUGAAGCUCAGCGGGUUGACUGAGAAGGGUUAUGCCGCUGUGAGUGUCAUGGAGGACAUGACGGGAAGCAAAAAGCCAGAACCCAAGAAAACAGACUCACAGAAAACAAUCCAGGGUGAGAAAUCUUAUCUUUAACAUCGCAUCUUUGGCAUCUGCGCAAUUAUGUAGUAGAUUUACAACAAACACAGACCCUGGGUUACAGCUUGGGUAAAGCACAAAAUCUUAAUCAGAAGGCCCCGGCUGUGUUAUUGCAUGUCCUAAAGGAGAGCCACUGCAUACAUAAGAAGGCACCAAACCCUUUGGUCCCUGGCUGGUCUUAGAGCUCUCUUUUAAAUGUCAUUCGCAAUCAUCAUGCCAAAUACUUUUUUGGACCAGUGCUCUUUACUGUUCAGGAAGCUGCUUCCCACUGACCUAUGAACCUAUGAACUCACCUUUCUGAUCUUGGAUUUCACUGAUCUUUCUGCCAGUUUGCAACUAAAGAAACAAUUCUCCUUAUCAAUCUCAUUUACAACAAACUCUGUAGAUUUAUUCUUGGCUGUCCUCCCAUUACAUCAUGUAUAAACAGCUUAAUUUACCCUCUCUCUCAAUAAGAAGGCAGCAACACUGGCAGCAGUUUACUUACAGAUGCAUAUACUUGAAUUAUCCUCUGUAUUGGUUCAUGAUACUUCUCGUUUUUCUUCUCAUUUUUCUUCACCUUGAUCCUGCGAUCACUUGGGACUGCCCUCACCACUGUCCUCUUCUGCUGUUUAUCCACCUCUAUGUCAGAUUAAUUGCCGCCACCAGUUUGUCACUCUGAAUCUGGAAGUCUCACUGUACCUGGGUUUGGUCAUUCUUGAGUUUGCGAAUGACGUGACUGUGGUGGGUCACAUUUCCAACAAUGAUGAGACAAACUACAGGAAGGAGGUCAGCCAUCUGUCCAUGUGGCACAGCAAUAACAAACUGCACAACCGCACAUCACUGGUGAAGAAAGCCCAGCGGUGCCUCUACUUCCUCUGCAGACUAAAAAGAGUGACAGACCCCCUGCCCAUCAUGUGCACCUUUUACUGAGACACCACUGAGAGCAUCCUGACCAGCUGUGUCACUGUGGGGUCCAGGAGCUGUACAGAGCAGAGCAGGGAAUCUAUGAAGUGAAGAUCAUUGGUGUCUCACUUCCCUCCCUCCUGGAGAUCUACAACAACUGCCUCACCCACAAAGCAGUUGGCAUUGUGAGGGACUCUAGCCACCCCUUGCACAGCCUGUUCAGCCUCCUGCCUUCUGGGAGAAGAUAGGGGAGCUUAGGUAUUGAAUUGUAUGUGCAGGUUCAUGCUUCUGCUCUUAUGGUCACCAGUCAACCAGGAGCUGGUGCUCAACUCUGCCAGUGCUACUGUGGAUGGAACAUCUCAACAGGCUAUUCCUGAUAAAGAAUCCAAUGAAUAGAUUUGGCACAAAAAGUAUGAAACUUAUGUUUGAGAGAUGAUGUCUUUGUUGCAACGAUGCUUCAUGGUUAUGACUCAUAUCCUGCUGAAAGUCUGUUGAUUUCUCUUUUAAAUAAGGACACAUUUGUGAGGAAGGUCUGCUAGAUGAGCAACAGAGCUGAGUCUGUGGGUUGUGCCCAUGAAAAUGUCAAUCUAUCUACAUUAAAACUCAACUUAUGUUCAGUUUGGGUCUUUGAAACCAGAAGUAAACCUUCAUAGGGACAAGAUGCCACGAAGACUUCUUAAUCAGAAGGCCCAUGCCCUGAAACACAUCCCAUUUAAAAAGACCCUAAAAAAAGACUCAAAUCAGAGAUUGAGACCAAAAAACUUUUACGAAAGUAACAAAUCUGACCCCAUCCCAGAACUUCACAUUCAUAUCUGCAGUUUAUGGCCUUGGAAUGAAAAAUCUUGAAUUUUCUAAUCAGUCAAUAAUGCCUGUCAGUAUGAGCACGGUUGUACGGUUGUGUUACCACACAGACACUAGUCAUUUUUGAACACACUGUUCUGCUGUUUCUAACACAUUUUCAUUUGAAUCUGCUUCUUUUACUGCCGUGAGAAACUCCCAGAGGCUGCAACUGUGUCACUCAUCAUUCAUGUCAAGUUUUUGUUAUUCUCAUCUUAUUCUCACCUUGUGCUGAGGGAGGCUUUCAGACUGGUUCCACUGUCUGCUGCUACUUAACCAAUACAAUGAUAAAACAUCAGAAAACCCAGUUAUCCUCCAGUCACCUCUAAAGUUUGUAGAUUGCAGAAUAACAUGAAAAUAAAGGAAAAACUGUGAAACUUGCAGGAAAAUGAACUGUAGGUGAACUCUGAGCAUUCAACUCAGUCUGGGAACUUCCUACCUGAAAUUAAAGCUGAUUUCACACAUUUUCUCUCUCUCUCUCUCUCUCUCUCUCUCUCUCUCUCUCUCCCUCCCUCCCUCUCUCGCUCUCUCCAGGCUCCCUGCCUCUCUGUAGCUCCAUGUGCACACCAAUCUUCAUGUGGAGUGUCAUCUCCAUGGCCAUGACCCAGCUGAGGCUUAUCUUCUUCAUGGGCGCAAUGAACAAGAUGUUGGAGUUUCUGGUCACACAUGGCAACCCUCACCGUAAGACCUGAACAAUGCCUAAUCUUUCCGGAGCUGAACAAUGUCAAGAGACAUUUGUCAGCAAUAGAGACAACAAAAUAGUUGGCCCAAUGAAAAAAUAAUACACUGGGUCAAAAGUUUGUGUUGCAUGAAAUCCUACAUGGUGUUGAUUUCUGAUUUGUUACCUCUUUCAGCCUCAGAGGAGCUGCAGAGGGAGGUGGAUAACCAAGGUGAGAUCAACAGGUCUUUUAUACUGGUAUUUUACACAGAGCUCCUAUCUAUUUUCUUUUACUUUGGUGCAGAAAUCAUGUGCACAAACAACAUUUUAAUAAAGUGAAUUAAAACAGAUGAAAAGUUAAAAACAUCUGAUCAUCUAAUCCUCUAGCUAUUUCGUCUUUAUUUUAUGCAGAAAGAAAAACAUGAUGCAUCUUUAUUCUUUAUUUUUUCCAAUUUUUCAUGUUAUAAAUAUAUUAAUUCAUUUCAUCUAUCUCAAAUCACAUCUUAGUGUGUUGGUUUGUUUCAUAUCCUUCUUUGCACCACUAUAUUAGCGUGUACAGUCACUACGGUCCUUCAUUGGAUAAUCAACCAAAACAGUAAUUUAUCUGAAGCUAUAUGACUUUAUGCCUGGCCCACCUUGCAAAUUCUCCUGUGGUUGACAUAUUUGUGGAAGCUUUUGAUUUUAUUUUUUUUCCCUCAAUACUGUUUAAAAUGUCAUUUCUUUGUUGUGAAAUGACCCAGAUGAAGGCUUGGAGCUAAAAACCAUUAGUCUAUGAAUGAAGAUAUUCUGUUUCUACAAGUGUCUUCUCUUUCUUCUUUAUGCACCUUGGAGGCAGAUAAAGCAUGCGCCCAAAUCCACCACUCCACUGUAGAGCCAGCAGAUUCCACUGACAAAAUCAGUCAUUUUACCAUGCAGAACAACAUAGUCAAGGGUCUAUCACUGUCUCAAUUGUUUGGGUUGUUUGAGAUGACUCAGUCUUUGAUUGUCAUACCUAGAAAUUAUUAUCUUGAAUAGUUGGGUCUUAUAACCAGAAUUGACAGCCACACACUGUCCUGUAUUCCUUUAAACCCUUUUCUGCAUUUUUCUCCCCAGUAAGCAUCUAUUCGGCCAUCUUUGGUACAUUGCAGCUGUUGUGCCUGCUGACAUGUCCUCUGAUUGGUUACAUCAUGGACUGGAGGAUGAAGGAGUGUGAGGACGAAACUGCAGAUGUAACAGCAGAAAAGAGGUGUGAGAAGCUUCAAUCAUUUAGGCCAUUAUUACAAGUGUGACAUAGCAGUCAUUAGGGAUGUAAUAGUACCUUGUAGAGACAGCUGAAAACCAGGCAACAGGGGGCAUUCAAAUCAUUGAGAUGAAAAAUAAAUUGCAAUACCUUUUUCAAACAGCAGAGGAUGCAAACUGCUUUUGACUUUGUUAGAUGUCAUAAUGUCUCUUGCAGCUGUAGCUGAUUUUAGGUCUACAGAUAUGACUGCAACAGGUGGUGACAGAUGGUUAUUUGCAGAUAAAAUGGCAUCAGCAGUGUUCCCCUACAUAGAGGACACCCAACUGACCAGACAAAGGAUAGUUUACUACCAUUGUAGCAUUUUCAUUUUUCAUCCACAUGAUUGCUAAAAAGCAAAGUAUCAAAAAUAUAAUAAUAAUAAUAAUAAUAAUAAUAAUAAUAAUAAAACAAAAAAAAAACAACACAUGGAUCAACCAAUCUAUGCACUAAUCUCUCCUCCGAGCUAGAACACAAACUGGGUUAAUUACUCCAUAAAGAUGUUGAAAACUGUACUGUGAACCCAACAUCAUGAAUCAGAUUGUAUCAAGGGUUAGUAAGAUUGGUAAGUGAGUUGUUUCAUCAGGUCCUGACGAUCAGAGUAGACUUUUCUGGCCUUGGGACCAAAAUUCAUGGUAUGCAAUAUGUACACUGAAAAUGUAUCCAUAUUGGCUCUGAUCUAUUGCUUGACCAACCUAAACUAAUCUAUCGAAACUCUAGCUAAGUUUCAUCAACCUGUAUUUAGUCCAAUUUGCUCUUUCUUCUCUGAUUUUAACAUCUGUUGAUAUGUUACCUCCUGCAGCCAAUCAGAUCCUCCAAAGAGAGACAGAAAGAUCCAGAAGCUGACCAAUGCCAUGAGAGCUUUCAUCUUCACCAACCUCCUAUUGGUGGCCUUUGGAAUCAUUUCUCUAAUUGAUAAUCUGCCCCUACAGGUCUGAGUAAUACGGUACAGAAAGACAGUACAGUCAUGGCUCCUAUUUCACAGGCUGCUGCAAUAAUCUGUUUGUAUUCCGUAUCUUUCUAUUAGGUGCUAUCCUUUGUUCUGCAUACCAUAGUGAGAGGGUUUAUCCACUCCUGUUGUGGGGGUCUCUACGCUGCUGUGUAAGUAACAACACCAGUAUUCUUAAAGUUCUACCAAAAUAAUUUAUAUCAACCAUGAAUCUGAGUUGUAUGAGGCUGCUGGUGUUACUUCUUGGACAAAAUUUGCACAAAACUUUGCAGUAAGGGACCAGACCAUCUCAAAAGCCAUUAGCCAUUGCUAAUCCAUGUUGUGUACAUCCAAGAAUAUGAGAACUGCUUCAAAAAUAUGGUCAUGUUAUCAUCUCAGUUGUGCAUCCGACAUUUGUUUGUAAAAUGUAAAGUCCUCACAUACUCAACUUACUGUUUUCUAAACCAGAAAGCACUUUGUAGUUAUCUAUUCCAAUGAAUCAGGACAUGUAGAGACCCCAUCUGUUUUAGAUGAGUUUCAGUUUAGUUUGACUCUAGUAAACGUGUGGUAAGUUCUACAACCUAGAGAAAAGCGCCCUGUAAAUGAGCCUAACAAAUAAAUGGGUCUCAUUGGCUGCACUCUUUACUUUUGGACCCCAAUUGGACUCCAUUGAAUACCAUUAUUCAACCAAUUUAGGCCCAUUUAUGAAUAUCAUGUUGUUUAAAUCUAAAAACUAUUGAGAUCUCGAACUCAUGAGGAGAGUGUUAACCAACUACUACAAUGUUGACUGGAUCAUAUCAUAUUGCAUCACAUAGCAUUGUAUCGUACUACAGUAUAUCACAAUGUAUCCCAUCAUAUCUUAUCUAUUGUAUCAUAGUGAUAUGGUUUCAUGAUUAAUAUUAUUGACUGCUUUGUUCAUAAUAAAUGAAUUGAUACUAAACACAUAUAAAGAAACAAUAACAAACAUUCUCAUUAUAUUUUAAGUAUCACAUUGAACAUGCUAAAUGAUAGAAACUGUGAACAAAAAAAUAGUCAACACGUGCAAAUGAACUUCACUGUGAUUAAUAAUGGUUUCUAUAUAGUUGCAUUCAGAUCAUUGAACAACAUUAUAACCACUUAUUGGUUAAAAAUACUAUAUCAAUGAUUAAAACCUAAGCUAAACCUUUCUAAAUUAUUUCUGUUACUUAGAGUAAAGUUGUGAUUCAUAGUCAAUAAAUGUAACUCUUAGAAGUUCAUGAAACAGUCUGAAAAGCUGUUGGUCUAAAGAAACUAAAGAAUAAAUGAUUUAUUCAGUCAGGGUGAUAACUUGGCUUCUGGAGCACAUAACAGGACACAUCUCAUUUUAACACUAAGUUCAUGAUUAGACAGAUUGGUACAUUGCUGAGUGCAUAAGAUGUCAUUAUCAGUCAUUUGUAUUUUUUCACCAUAGGGAUGCAGUUAUUGUCAGUAUAUGGUUGAGCAGAGUUUGUGACGGAGGUCUGGAGGUUAGAGUCCUGGUCCUCAUACCUUUCAUUGUUCACACACCUGAGAUAGAAAAUCUCACAAUGAGACCUGGUUGAGAUGUGAAUGAUUAUUCAUAUAGACAGUAAAGGAGUCAGUUCCAGGAAGGUCAUGAACAAGCCUGUCUCUGUUCUUCAAAUCGACCCAUCAGGAAAGGUGAACAUUUGGGCCAACUAAACUUUAAGGGAUAUUCCAGCGUAAAUUUAAGUUAUGGUCAAACACACUGUAACACCGAGUUAGACACUCCCUCAAGAGAUUAAUUUUGCUGACUGCUUGCUUCUCUAGUUAUACUAACUUUAGUAAUGACUGCACGAUAGAUACACAUCGGUCUAUGGCUCCAUGCACACCCCAACCAAAAAGCCACUCUAUAGCCACAAAUAAUGCUCAGAACAGCACCUAACUUCAUCAACAGUACAUAUAGGGUCCCGGCCAUAGUACUAGCCACCAAACAUCUUUUUAACUUUGCCUUAUUUCUUUAGCAAAGAGACUGAACACAACUCACCUACUCUCCUCCAGCAGCCGCUUGUUUGUGGGGGGAGUCCUGACACGUCGAUCACAAAAAUUUAUUAUUAUUACUUCAUGGAAAUGCAAUCAGACCAAGACACUAAGGCAGAAGAACUACCAUGUCUGCAAUGGACAUACAAGAUGCAUAAGAACUCUGAUUGCAUUUCUAUGAAGAGAUAAUCAUAAAUGUUCUUCCCUGAGCUGCAAAACAACAAAAAGAGAUCGUACAAUGUUAUCCUGUUUUUCAAUUCCCCUCAGGUAUCCUGCCAACCACUUUGGGACACUGACUGGUAUGCAGUCAAUGAUCAGCGCUGCCUUUGCAUUGCUCCAGCAGCCCCUGUUCAUCCUGAUGGUUGGACACCUGAAUGGAGAUCCUUACUGGGUAUGAACUCACAAACAGGCACACCGCAAAAGGAGAGACACGCGUCAACAAAUGAACGAAACUGGUUUUAUUACAGGUAUUAUCACAAGCUCUAACAUGUGUCUCUCUCUCCUGACAACAGAUCAACAUGGCACUCCUCAUUUUCUCCUUGACUGGCUUCCUGUUGCCCGGCUAUCUGUUCUAUCACCGUAGAAACCUGAUCUUGGCAAAGGCAGGGUACGAUCAGUCGACAUCCAGCCAAUCAGAUGAAGAGAUGGUCCCGCUAAAGCACUCAGCAAAUGGUAUCUCAAAUGGUGAAGCCAAUGGGCAUGUCGCUAAUGGCAAAGCCAAUGGUUAUUUAGCCAAUGAUGAAGCCAAUGGACACGUUGCUAAUGGCAAUGCCAACGGGCAUGUACCAAAUUGCGAAGCCAAUGGUCAUAUCAGUAAUGGUUACAUACCAAAUGGCCACGCUGUGUAG